GGGCAUGUCAGUAAGCUGUCAAAGAGUGAUUCAGAAUAUCAGUAUUAUUUUGUUAUCAAUUUUCUAAAAUAAUUCCCCGCUCGCAGUGUUCGUCUACAAUGUACGAGACGAUAAGGUGUUUACGUUUGUAAUUGUGAAUUCAGUGGAAAACGCGUAAACGUUACAUUUGCACAAACAGUCUGCAAACAUGGGCUGGUACGUUUACACGUGUGUUUUUUUAUUUUCUUUAUUCAUCAACGAGUCAUCGCUUCGAUCCGUGGAAGAUGAAGACGAGAGCUUUCUUUCUGAACCGAAAUACACAAAUACUGAAGAUCUAGAGAAGUUGUUUAACGAAUUUGAGAAGACAUAUCCGGGAUUGGCGAAAUCGUAUUCUAUAGGUAAAUCGGUGGAAGACCGUCGGUUGUUAGUGUUACUCAUUACCGGAGAUGUCGGUACCGUCCACCCGGAGCGGCCGGCGUUCAAGUAUGUGGCCAACAUGCACGGAGACGAAACAGUUGGCCGAGAGUUGAUGGUGUAUUUGGCCCAAUAUUUGUUGCGGAAUUACGGAAAGAAUGAACGGGUGACGAAACUGGUGAACACCACGGAAAUACAUCUGAUGCCGUCGCUGAACCCUGACGGAUUUGAAGCUGCGAAGGAAGGUGCCUGCGAGUCACCAAACGACUACCUAGGCCGGAACAACGCCAAAGGCGUGGACUUGAACCGCGACUUCCCGGACCAGUUCGACAAGAAUCGAACCAACGACCCCGAAUACAUAUAUGGCAACCGCCAGCCGGAGACGGCCGCGCUGAUCCGAUGGGUGUUGGGCAAGCAGUUUGUGCUGUCUGGCAAUCUACACGGAGGCGCCAUUGUCGCGAGCUAUCCCUACGAUGAUUUGAAAUCGGGCAAGGAAUGCUGCGAGGAGAGUAAAACGCCUGAUGAUGCAUUAUUCAAGCACUUGGCGAAUGUGUACGCAUCGCACAACCCGGAUAUGCUCGCGGGGGACAAGUGCCCGCCGGAGAAAUUCGAAGGGGGGGUCACUAAUGGCGCCAUGUGGUACUCUGUGCAAGGCGGCAUGCAAGACUUCAACUACGUAAACUCGAACGCUUACGAGGUGACGUUCGAGUUGUCAUGCUGUAAGUACCCGCGCGCAUCGCAACUGGAACAGUACUGGCGUGCCAACAAGGAGUCGUUACUGGCGUUCAUGGAACAAAGCCACAUCGGCAUCAAAGGCUUGGUUGUGGAUGAAAAUGGAGUACCGGUGAAGCACGCCGAGAUCUCAGUGCGCGGCAUUAACCACUCGGUGCGCACCACAGACCACGGGUACUUCUUCAGGCUUCUGAUGCCCGGAGAGUACAACGUCACUGUGUUUGCUGCUGGCUACGCGUCCCCACGCCCGGUGACAGUGACGGUCCCGGAGCGGCAGACGGCGCCGGAGUGGGUGAACCUGACGGUGACGCGGCGCUCGGACGAGGGUGACAGGAGUCCCCGUCACGCCGUCAACGGUAUUUCAGCAGAAGACUUCGUCCACCACGACUACGCUAAGAUGGAGGCGUUCCUGAAAAACUUGAACAAGGCUUAUCCCAACAUCACGAAGUUGAGUAGCAUCGGGAAGUCUGUCGAGGGGAGAGAGCUGUACGUGUUGGAGCUGACACGGGAUCCUGGAGUGCAUGUGCCUGGCAAGCCAGAGUUCAAAUACGUGGCCAACAUGCACGGUAACGAAGUAGUGGGGCGGGAGAUGCUGCUGCUCUUGGCCAAAUAUUUGUGCCAACAAUACACGAGCGGCGACGAGAGGAUACAACGGAUGCUAAACAACACCAGCAUACAUCUGAUGCCGAGCAUGAAUCCUGACGGGUAUGAGAUUGCGCGUGAGGGUGACUACAGCAGCUCCCACGGCAGGGCGAACGCGCACAGAGUUGACUUGAACAGAAACUUCCCGGAUCAAUUCGGGACGACUAAUGAAAACAGAGUACAGGAACCGGAAACAGCUGCGGUUAUGAACUGGUCGCUGUCUAUCCCAUUCGUGCUGUCCGCUAACUUGCACGGCGGCGCUCUGGUCGCCAACUACCCGUACGACGCGAACCCCUCCAUGAAGACAGGAGAAGAGUACCUCACGCCCGACAACCCUGUGUUCGUACACCUGGCUCAUGUGUAUUCUGAUGCUCAUCAAAAAAUGCACUUAGGAAAGCCGUGUAAACAUACGAAUGAUCCCAAGUUCCCCGAGGGAAUUACAAAUGGCGCCAGAUGGUAUGUACUGACCGGCGGCAUGCAAGACUGGAACUACCUCUACACGAGCGACAUGGAGCUCACUCUCGAGCUGGGCUGCUUCAAGUUCCCUCCAGCUACUGACCUGCCCAGCUACUGGCAGGACAAUCGGGAGGCACUGCUCCAGUACAUUGAACAAGUACACAGGGGCGUGCACGGGUUCGUGCACAGCCACAUCGGGCACGCGCUGUCCGACGCGCGCAUCCUGGUGUCGGGCGUGCAGCACGCCGUGCGCACCGCCACAGAUGGCGACUACUGGCGGCUGUUACUGCCUGGCACUUACAACGUCACCGCAUUUAAGAACGGAUAUGAAAGCGUGACAGAAGAGGUGACGGUGCCCGAGAACGGCUCCGUGAGCGUCAACUUCACUCUGAUGGCGGCCGAUCCGCAGCACUGGUCGUCUGCCUACGACUUCCGGGUUUUGGAGAACAUAAUGAACACUCGCUACCACACGCCGCUGGAGAUGUACGCGCAGCUCUCCGACAUGGAGAACAAGUAUCCAGACAUAGCCGAGUUCCGAGCUGGCGACAGCCUUCUCACGUCCAAGUUCCAUCAGCUGAAGAUGACUGAUCAGGUCGGCUCCCCAGAAGAGACGAAAUUCCACAUAGCCAUAAUAAGCUCUUUCUACGCGUCACAACCUGUAGGACAAGAGAUACUGCUCAACUUUGCCCGGCACAUCGCCACUGCAUACACGAUAGGCGAACCCAUCCACAAGAGACUACUCCAAAACACAGUUCUACACUUCAUACCAAAUUUGGACAUCCUGUAUACAAAAACAUUAAAAGAUUUCAACGGCACAGAUAAAUGUUCCACCGAGCCGUUAGAAGAAGAAUUCGGUGACAGUCUAUACAAUUACAUAAGCAAUAAGGACUUAAAUCCUUUGUCGAAUUAUACGAGAGAGAGGGCGUUUGUGGAGUUACUUAAGGCGGAGAAAUAUGACAUGGUGUUGGAAUUAGCGUCGGGUACUGAGGAUGUAUCAUAUCCAGAGCUGACGAGGAAUAUUUAUGAGAAAUUCGCACGGAAAUACCAGGAUAACAGAACUCCUAGUGAUAAAUAUCAGUGUCUGCCAGCGAAUGUCAACCCUAUACAUGGUGAUCUCAUAGAUGUGUUGUGCGAGAGACUGAACACUAUAGUGAUAUCGGUUGGUCUGAGUUGCUGUAAGAUGCCCACUGAGGAUGAGAUCGGUUGGGUUUGGAGGAACAACCUUCGCGGCAUCAUGAAGUUUGUUGAACAGUUUAAUACAGGAGUGGUCGGGUUCGUGAAGAACGAGCAAGAGCAGCCGGUGCGUGAGGCGGUGCUGGCGGUGCGCGGCGUGCAGCGCCAGUACCGCGUGUCGCGCAACAUGGCGCACUUCCGCGUCGCGCUGCCGCCCGCCGAGUACCGCGUCAUCGUGCGCGCGCACAACUACCACGACGAGAUGCUGACGUGGCGCGUGGUGGACGGCGUGCUGAAGCGCAAGGACAUCGUGAUGAGGCGCGUCAACACCGACAGCGUCCGCGGCGGACAGUUCGAGGAGAUACACGUCGAAGACAACCCUAAUAUGAUUUAUAUUACCGGCCUGGCGCUAGACCACAACAGCGUUCCUCUUCCCAACACGAUGGUAUCAGUCCGUGAACAGGGCGUCAAGGCGACCAUAGCGACCAACUCCAGCGACCAGAACGGAAGGUUCCUGGUCGCGUUACCCGUCGCUUAUAAGGGCAAGGAGGUCCUCAUGUCGGCCUCCGUGGACGGGUACAUCACGAAGCAACGGAAUAUUGUUAUAAACAGCGUGGAGAAUCUGACACCCAACGUGUUGUUCAAGCUUGAGAGCGACGACUACGUGAUGGGCAUGCCGCGGCUUGUGUUCGUCAUGCUUGCAGGCGUGGUGGGCGUGGCGCUGGUGGUGAUGGCGGCGUGGUGCUUCAGCUGCCGCGAGCGAGGCCGCGACUCCCGCCGCGAGUACCUCUUCACGCAGGUACCCUCCGACGACAAACGCCCGCUCUGCGACGAUGCUAACUAUGAUAUUGUACGAAAACCCUACUACGACGAGGAAGAGUUGGCGCCAUCAGAAACAGAUUCAGAAGACGACGUGGUGCUUCUAAGGUCUGAUCGGGAUUGGAAGAAUGGUGAACGGGAAUAGAUCAUCACAUUCGGAGUAGCUUGUAUGCAGAGUAUUCAAUUUAGAAGACAUAAUAUGGUUGAUACCCAAUGAACAUUUCGGUGUAGAGUAAAUGAGAAGGCAGAUCUAAACAAUGGAAGGAUUUUGUAGUAUUGAUAUCCGAGAUGGAAUAUUUUAAGGCUUAUUUCCUCAAAACUUCCUUUCCUAGAUCCGCCUGUAUAGAUAUUAUUUAUAUGAAACUGAUAUUAAUUUGGUUCAAAUUCGAUGGAAGAACAUACUGUAUCUACUUAUUAAUAUUUAACGUUCACUAAAGCUAACUAUUUUAUCUGCAUUUCCAAUGGAAACUUAUAAAAUUACUAUAUAAAGCGUGUUGCAGAAAGAAGGAAUAAAAACUGAUAUAAAAAUACAUGGUUUAUAGCUUAUGGGUAAAGUAAAAAAAAUAAAUUUGAAUUAACUAUUAACAAUCAUCAAUUAAUAUUUAUAAAAUUUACUUAAUAUAUAACAAAAUAAGAUGUUAUUGUUGACGUCAGUAUACAUAUCUAGCUAGUGCUACCGAUUGUUUUUAAGUUGAUAUUAAUUAAAUAAUAUUAUUAGGUUUAGGCGUUAUUCACUUUCAGUGAUGAACAACCAAACACACUUUAUUAUGACAGUAAUUUUUGAUACCUCUAUUCUGCAACACCCUGUAUAUUGAAAAUAUAAUCUUUACAGUUAAAUAUACUACGAUAAAAUUAAUUAAAUAAUAUUAUAGCACAAACAAUUUUUACCAAUAUUUAAGUGAUUGAUAUUACAUUAUUAAAAAUAUUAAUUAUAGUUCAUAAUUUUGCAAAACGAGUGAGUCAUAAUAUUCAUAAUAAUAUUAAUAUAACAAUUGGUAUUUCAAAAUCUAUUCCGUCCAAAAUGUUCAAUUAAUAGGAAAUUUCUUGACAAUAAUACGAAAUAAUAAAAAUUCUUAAAAAAAAAAAUAUUUU